CACAUAUCAGCCGCAACAUGCGCAACCUACUCGCCCACAUGGGUACCAAACUCAGACAAGACCUAACUAUGUGAAUGGGAACAACAUUCCCCAGCAACAUAGAGUGCACCCUACUCAUCCACAUACAAGGACUGAGUCUAUGAGCACAGUUGCUUCUCACAAACCUCAACAUGCACAGCAACCUCAGCAGAGAGUGGUGCGUAAAGAGCCUCAGGUGAAGCCGAUCAACAGGUACGCCCCUCCAGAUUACAUGACACUAAUGUAUCACCCCACUCCCACACUGGAGGACCUGGGGUUAACCAGUUAUCUGGACAGUCCUCCCUCAUCACCCAGAACUAGGUCACCAGCUCGGGGGGAAAAACGGCGGAUUCUCAACCAGAGCGAGAGUCGGCAAGGCGUGUCUUACCAGCAUGGGAUGCACCAACAGAUGACUUUUUCGACCAAGAAUCCAACAGCUGUGUCAGCUAACAAACAGUCCUCAAAGAUUGACACUGUAUCAGAGGCUAAAACCUCCACACUGAAUGUGACCAAUCAAAUGAGUGAAAGACACCAGGCAAAUGUGACCAAUCAAAUGAGUGAAAGACACCAGGCAAAUGUGACCAAUCAAAUGAGUGAAAGACACCAGGCAAAUGUGACCAAUCAAAUGAGUGAAAGACACCAGGCAAAUGUGACCAAUCAAAUGAGUGAAAGACACCAGGCAAAUGUGACUAAUCAAAUGAGUGAGAGACACCAGGCAAAUGUGACCAAUCAAAUGAGUGAGAGACACCAGGCAUAUGUGACCAAUCAGAUAAGUGAGAGACACCAGGCACAUUUGACCAAUCAGAUGGGUGAAAAACACCAGACGAAUUUGACCAAUCAGAUGAGUGAGAGACACCAGGCGGUCUCACACACUCAGAUGAAUACGUAUUUGGCAACAAGUGUUGAACCGCAAAGAUAUGUCCCAAGCUUUGCUCCAAAAGGCUGGGACCAAACUCCCAAGUCAUCAAAGUCCUUACAAGGACCUGCAUCAACUGAAUCUGUAAUUAAUGCUACGUCUAGAUCAGCUACAUUCACUGCGCCCAUUUCAAAGUCAGUCACACCCCCUGAUGUUAAAUCAACGAAUAACAAAAGACCAGGGUCUGGUUCUACAUUGGCUGAGAAUCCGGAGAAACGGGCAUGUAAUUGGUCAAUGAUUGCUGAACAAUACUCGACAGAAAGUCGUCACUCUGUCAAUCAGGAUCAAAGACGUGACGCAUUGUACAGACGCUACAACAAAGACGAGCGUCAACAGACGCAUGCCACAAAGCGUCACCAAAAUCAUGAUGCAAUGCAAUAUCAGGGGCAUACUGAUGCACCGAGUAGCAACCAGACAUUUGACCAGAUUCUGGCUGAGCAGAUAGCUAGACAAGCUGAACUCAAAAACAAGAAUCAUAACCAAGCUCCUCAGACUGACACCAACGUAAACGAGGAAAGACGCACGUGCCAACCUAUGACAAAAUCUUUACCCAUUGUCAACAUGGACGACCUGUUUGGAGGGUUGUCACCUUACAGCUGCUGGAAUCAGUCGGCACCGGAAGACCCGAGGUUUUCAUAACUUCCGG